UCUUUUCUGGUCGAUCACAUCAGACUGCUCUCAUCUCAACAGUCAAAAUGGAGGACGGAGAAAAUUCAGGCACUGCUUUUGAGCGAACAUACAACAAACUGGUUUGUCAAGAGGAUGUAGAUGAGCACCAUCUCCACUCCAACCAAGAGAAACGGCAAGUGUCCAUGUCGAUGGUGAGACCUGAAUACGGUUUGAAUCAGUACAGACGGCUUGCAAUCAGCCUGGCAGUGCUUGCCGUCCUUCUGUUGGCAGUUGAUAUUGGCCUGGGAGUCUACUAUAACAAACUUGCUAAUGGGCAACAUUCAUUGACGGACAUCAACAAUGAGGUGGUCAAACUGCAGGUUUCUUACAACAAUGCAAUACGAAGAAGGGAUGAAGCAAAGAAAGAGCUGACGGACAUGAUCAGUCAGCAGCAACGUACCAAAUGGGAGCUUCAACACCUGCUUGGAAGAGUCCAAGAUUAUAAGAAGCAGACUGACAAAAUUCAAAAUGAGAUUGCAAUACUUAAAUCGCACAUACCGAUGAUUAAGGAUGGCUGCAGACACUGUUUACCAGGAUGGACUUUCAUGAACUCAUUGUGUUACUUCUUCGCGUCUUCUGAUACUCUUUCACGCAGAGGGUGGGAACAAGCCAGACAGCACUGCAAGAGGUUUGGUGCAGACUUGGUAGUGAUUGACAGCAGAGAGAAACAGCUGGCAAUAACUGACCUGAUAAAUAACUAUAAAGACCCUUCAAGACCAAUGUCUGCGAGUGGCUUCUGGAUCGGACUGAGAGAUGUGGUGGAUGAAGGGAUAUGGAGAUGGCUGGAUGGAACGAGACUGAAUGGAGGCUUUUGGAAUAUUGGAGAGCCCAACGACCAGGGUAAUGAGGACUGUGCAGCUGUGUAUCCCAGAGACAACCCCUUUCAGGGCUGGAAUGAUGCUCCAUGCAAUCAUGGACUGAAGUGGAUUUGUGAGAUGACACCAAGGUCUACACCAAGUUAAUGUAAUUUACCAGUUAAUAAUUGACUCCGCUUUAGAGACUUUCACACAUUUCCUGAAUGGUUCCUUUUUAUUAUCAUGUUGAUAUUUGAUGAUACUACAAAAUGGUAAGGAAGGUCCAAGAUACGAAAAAUACAUUUGAUUCAUGAAGUGAACUAUAAAACUGUAAGUUAAGUCACUUUACUGUAAUAAAUAAAAUCUUUGCCUUGACUA